CAAACCCUUCUUGGAGACCAGGUUUCUGAAGAGCUCUCAGCCAUGUCUGCAAGCACCCAGACCAGAUGCACUCAGGAUUUACCUGGAAACUGCACCCUGGAGAAUGCCCUGAAAACCAUUGUGGAUGAAUAUCACAGAUACAGCAGCCAGGAGGGCAAGAUGGACCUCCUAAGCUUCAAGGACUUCAAGAAGCUGAUGAAUGAGCAGGCAAAAGAGUUCCUGCAAGUUUGCAACAGGAACAACAGCAACUACCUGCGAGACCUCUUUGAAGAGACAGACCUAAAUGGCGACAGAGAACUGUCUUUUGAGGAGUUCAGCAUAGUCUUGGCCAAGCUGACUGAUGAUGCCCAUCGCAUCAGCCACGGCCAUAAGCGCUGCGGACCAGACGAGGACUGA